GAAAAAACAAAUCCGACCGUUAGUAUGUCCAGGUGUGUCAUAUAGUCAUGAAUGUGGUUGUCUGGUGUAAAAAAAAAAGAAGGAAAUUAUCUCCUUAUUUAGCACAAGGCGCAAGCUCCUUUGGGGGUUUACGGCUUUUGGAACCUCCUACCUUGGGAACCACUGGUUUAAUGCAAGACAAAAACGUGGCUAUCGCUUUUUUAAACCAUCUUGUGCAGAAGUAACAACAAACCCAACUCUACAUCGCUGAAGUGUAUGACGAAAUUGGGAAGUCCAAGGCCAAAUUUCAGCCGAGAAAAGAUGACCACUUCUGAGGACUCCAGACCAGACAGCUGAUGGAAUAACAGCAGCCAACAGCAAAGGUCAAUAAGUGUGGAAAGGAGGACCCAGGAGCAGAUACAGCACCAGUAACAGGCCAGUAACAGACAGAUUGAGAAUGAGCAGUCGAGCCAAAAGCUGGAGGCCGAGUGUGACGGUGAAGAACCAGGAACUGCAGAGAUUCCAUGUCAGUAAGCGAAUGGUCCCGGCGCUGUGGCGACGACGUGCAAGUGGUUACAACUAGUGGUCCUGAUGAGCAGGUGCGAGAGAAUGCUACUGAACUCGCCGGGCGAGGAUGUGACUCAGAUAAAGCGUUUGAGGAAGCUAAAGUCUUUUCUCAGCUGCCUCGAACCAUUACAGACAGAGAAGCCACCAUGAUCUCCUGACACGUUACCUUUCCGCGGCAGCUAAAGACAACAACAGGGAUGGGGGUGCUUAAGGCAGUGGGGUACGCAGUUUCUCUUCUGGCUAUAUACUAUGGUUUGGUGCAUCGAGGAUACAGAGAGACUCUUAAUGCGUUCCUAAAGGAUCUGAUGGGAACGAACCCGUCACAGGUUACCGUCAGAGAAAAGAGAGCGGAUACAGACACAGUGGCCAUCGAUUUGAUCAUUGAUCUGCAGAUCCCGGCACACGUCCUUUUGACGAAUGACGUGAAUUAUUUCAGAAAUCUUUUGAGAGGUCUCCCCCUUCCCUACAACAUCAACGAGUCCGUAACUGUGAUCGACGUGGAUCUGACCACAGUGUGCGAACCGAACUCAAGUGAAGAUCUUCGGUGUCAGUGUGAGGAGACCUUCGCCUGGUCCUGCGACAAGUGUCAAACCUACGGUUCGUGCUUCAACGCCACCAGUAUUAAUGGCUCCUGUGACUGCAUCAAUGCACUUCCUCCAACGGGAGACCUGUGUGAACCGAUUCCGAAUAUCACUUGUGUAACAGCUCCAGAGACAACACCAUCACCGCCAUCACCAAAUGAUACGGUGGUCUCUGACCUGAUAGUCGACAUUCACAUCCCGCUCUCCCUCCUCGAGAGUGCUCACCUUGAUAACAUACGUCUUGUUUUGAAUAGCAUUGCUUUCCCCUUCUCAGUCAAUGACUUUGUAAAGGUGCUCGACGUAAAUUUAACCACAGCGUGUUCCCCGGACUCGGCUGAAGGUUUUCGGUGUCAGUGCGAGGAGCAGUUCGCCUGGUCCUGUGACCUGUGUCAAACCUACGGCGUGUGCGGCAACAGUACGAGAAGCAAUGACAGCUGCGGAUGCAUCAAUGCACUUCCUACCAAAGAUCUGUGUGAACCAAUUACAAGUAUAACUCCAUGUCCAACCUCAACCCCUUCUGGCACAACAACAACUACUGCUUCACCCACAACAACAACUACAUCACUCACAACAACAACAACAACUACUGCUUCACCCACAACAACAACUACGUUAUCUACUACUACGACCACGAUAAGGACAAAAAGCACAGCACCAUUUGUGCCAUCAACGGCCCCACCAGAAGUAAUGGAAGACUCUAUAUACAUGGAUAUUCAGUAUUCACCUGAAUACAACAAUCCAGAAAAUGCAGUACACCAACAAGUUUUGGAAACGAUUGAGACCAACAGCAAGGCGAACAUUAAAACAUUUAAGUCAGCGAAGAUCGUACAAUUCAGGAAGGGGAGCACUGUUGUAGAUUACACUAUCGAAGCGGAUACAUUACCAGAGACAGAGCGUCAAGCACUGGAGGAAGGAAUAUUUACACAACUGGCAGAAAGCUACCCAAUGAUAUAUCAGAGUUCCACGUUCUUACCAUUUCAACGUCCCUUUUUGGGAAGACCUGUUACUCUGACCUGUGGUCCAAUACCAUUGGUCCUAGGAUUUACGGGUAGUUGGACCACCGAGUGGAGACGUAACAAGACGCUGAUACUUGAAGACAGUGAACACCAAAUCACAAAACACAGCAACAGUUCGACUUUAAAAGUGAACCGGUUUUUCAUCACAGACACGGGAGACUAUGAGUGCAGGCUGAAAGAGAAACACAUUUUCCGCCAGAUAUCAAACGGAAUUCUCUCUGCCAAACGUACGCCCGACAUUCAGGUGACACCUGUGCGACAAAAGGUGAUGUGUGAGCCUGGGAAGACCGUGUCACUGGAGUGUAGUGUCAAAAGUCCCUACAAGGUCAAGUUUAAAGACCUUCCUGUAGAGCCAGGACUUUCGAUCAAGCAUGUACACACGGUUGGUGCAAACUGCUUGACCUCAACCGUGAAAUUUGUUUGUCAAGAAGUCACUUAUCCAACCCUAUUCAACAAGACCAUAACGCUUGAUCUCGUCAAAGGGUCCUUUCUUUGCGUCGGCAACGAUGAUUAUGGAGUUGGAGACUUGGGCGACAGGGCUUUUGUUUCAUGCAAAGAAAACGAGGUGGGAGAAAAAAUAGCAGAGUGCCAGAAAAAUGGAAGCUGGAUCAUUGUAGAAGACGACUGCGUCCUGAAACCCAUUCAAGAGCUGCUUGAUCAAUCGGAGCAUUUGAAUAACAAUUCACUGCCUGAAUUCCUGGAGGAACUCAGCAUCACUACUGUCACCUUUAGAAAGGAAGUGGUUGAAUCCCCAAACAACAUUGAUUCCAUUGUUAGUAUCCUCGACAAUGUUGCCAACAUUGUACAAUCUAAGAAUAUUGAAAUAGGGCAACCUUUAAUGGAGGACAUCCUUGAGACUGCCGGUGUCCUCACCACGGAUGAAGCAAGGGAGUCCUGGGAGACUAUUAACAGCGAUAUGUCAGCUAACAGCUCGCUACGAGCAAGUAACCGCACCUUCAACGGCUCCAGCUCAUUUUUGCGUUCACUCGAGCUCAUCACGAGUCACCUCAACAAUCAGUCUUUCAAUAUUGAAACCCCUUUUAUUACCCUAAAUAAGACAACUUUCACGGACUCAUUGAUGGAGACGUUUAGUGCCAACUCCAGCUCUUCAGUGGGAGUAUACAUACCUGAGGCAUCCGGCGGUGUCAAAGAAAUCACGAUCAUCACCUUUUCCUCACUGGAUAAUGUUCUCCCUGCGAGAGACAAAGACAACACGUCUUCCAACGUCAUUAACGGCGAUGUCGUGCUCAUCCAGUCACAAGGCAGUAUCGAUAACAUUUCCCUCACAUUUGAUGUCUUCAAUAACACUCUAAAUGCACCUCAGUGUGUUUACUGGAACUUCAGUCUUUUCAAUGGUCUCGGGGGCUGGGACGACCAGGGCUGCAAGUUGACGUACGACAUCAACGACACCGUCACUUGUACCUGCAACCACUUGACCUCAUUCUCCAUUCUGAUGUCACCCAUCACCAUAGACCUCCCUGCCUUGGACUACAUAACCUACAUAGGAGUGGGCAUUUCCAUGCUCUCCCUGGUGAUAUGUCUCAUCAUCGAGGCCAUCAUCUGGAGGAAGAUCAGAGGAAAUAACACCGCUUACCUUCGCCACGUGUCCAUCGUUAACAUCGCAGUGUCGCUCCUGAUUGCCAACAUAUGGUUCAUUAUCGGAGCAGCCAUCUCGGAUUCCGACGUCAGGAACCCUCCGGCGUGCACAGCCGCUACCUUUUUCAUCCAUCUGUUCUACCUCGCCCUGUUUUUCUGGAUGCUAGCGUCAGCCCUGCUCUUACUCUACCGCAUAGUCAGCGACUUUGGAGGGAGCCUGUCUAAAGCAUCUCUGCUGGCUAUCGGCUUCGUUUUAGGAUAUGGCGUCCCUCUCCUGAUUGCCAUAAUCACCAUAGCUGUCACUGCGCCAGUGGACACGUACACUAGAGAGAGUGGCGUUUGCUGGCUCAACUGGAACAAGUCCAAAGCCCUACUGGCGUUUGUAAUCCCCGCUCUGCUCAUAGUGGCGAUCAACUUCAUCAUCCUGCUCUUGGUGCUGUAUAAAAUGUUGAGAAGAAGAGCAGUGCCAGACGCCGCCCAUCCUGCUGAGAGGAACGCCCUAGUGGUCAUCGCAAGGACUCUGGCCUUCCUCACACCGUUCUUUGGAUUGACAUGGGGUCUGGGUGUUGGAACGAUGACAAAUCCAAACAACAUAGGAAUCCAUAUUUCAUUUGCAUUCUUCAAUUCCCUGCAGGGUUUCUUCAUAUUGGUAUUCGGAACACUGCUGGACAAACAGGUCUGGACAGAAAUGGCAAGAGUGUUGCCAACAUCCAGCGGUACACGGAGCACCACCGCUGGAUACUCGUCAAGUGGCUUGGGUGGUAUUUUUUCCAACCGGAGGAGAGCAGGUUACAAUAUAUCGUCUCAAGAAUCCACAUCUCACGUUACGAACACCUGACCUGAAUCCCCUUUUUUCUCUAUUGUACAGUAGCAGCUGUAACACAAUGAUUAACAUGGUAUUUCACAAUUAAAUACAUUUUUUUAUUUAGCAUUUUGUACCUUACUUUGAUUUUUAAUUGCACUACACAGCCUAAUUAUUUGAUUGCCCAAUUUUUGUUUCGAUUACUUUUUAACCAUUAAUUACGUCAUUAAGUCUGGACUGCUUAUGAUUGUUGCUUUUAAAAUAUUUACUGACAAUUUAAUACCUAAUUGUACAUAUUUUCCAAAACAUGUCCCUAAGUUUUGAAGCAUCGCUAAGCUUUGUUUUGCACUUUUGUAUCUUGUAGCUGAGCUGUUCUAAUUUAUCAUGAAGCCACAUACUUGUUUACUUUUAUUUGUGUUGUUUAUGUCACUGAGUUAAUUGCAUGCAAAUAAAAAAUUCAAUAUAUUAAAUUUGCACCUGAAACCUACUACCUAGUGGAUUGACGUGAUUGAAGAUCUAAAAUGUUUUUCUCAUAUGUUCUCUGUUUAUUUCAGUUUUUUUUUAUAAAUAAAUAUAAAUAAUAUA